CGCAACCUUGCUCACAACCCUCGAGUCUUAACCUCGCUAUGCGUUCUUUCUGCGUAUCUACUCUGGUCGCCCUUCUCUUGUUUUCGUCUGCCUAUGCCUGUGAAGAGGUAUGCAAGAGCGGUACUAUCUCCAAACUCAUGGAUAAAUACACCACCGACGUGCUAGAACCAUACUUCGCUCGCAAGGAAGAACAGUUUCAAGUCCCUCACUCGCUCGAUCCCCUUCGACACGCUAUUCAAUUGGAGUGUCCCGAUGUCUUGAACGCAAACGUGUUUGGCUACUUCCGUGGAAAAUGUCAGCGUAACGGUAUCGAGCCUAAAGGAUGUCCUAAUCCAGAUUGUCCAAGUCGCUGCGGCACCCCCGGCUCUAUGGUUCACUUCUUCCCCAAACUUCGGCGCCUUGGUUUUGAAUCCAUUCGCACUGUCAUCAAAAACCACACAGAUCCUACCUCUCCUACGUACAAACAAAUUCAAGCUCGUGUUGAACAAGGGCGGGAAUUGCGAAAGAAGGGAGCACCCAUGCGGUUUCAGCCUAGAACAUACGGUAACCGCGAUAUUCCUAUCUCAGUCCUCUACAUGCGGCAACCUUUCGAAAUACAUCCCAAGAUGGAGGACGUAUACAACCACAAGAGAAGCGGAGAUUCCGAUAUCCUGCACGAGUUCGUACCAGGAUUUGAGGCUUCCUGUGGCUACAAAGCCGAAGAAUCGGGGACCGAUUUGAAAAACUGUAGCUGGGAGGCAGAGAUGAAAAACUUCAUUCUACAGUUUCCUUAAGUCACGCUGCAAUUUUUACCUUCCGCCAUCGUUGUAUCAAUCUCUCUUGUAGUUUCAUCUUGAGCUCUCCCUUCGUGUAUACCCCAGUUCUGGAUACCUCUCCUUUCAUCGACACUGUGUCUACUCGAUUUGUACAAUCCGAC